GCGCUGCAGCAGCGGAGGAGGAGGAAAAGGAUGCUGGGGACUGCGGGCAGCCGGGCGGCGGAGAGGCCCUGCUCCUAGAGAAGCCCACGGCGCCCUAGGUGCAGGGAGUGGCCCUUGCCUCCUGUGCGCGUUAUUGCCGAGAUGGCGGCGGCGGCAGCGGCUGCGGCGCGUUGGCACGGGGAGCCCCAGAGGCGCCAACCCGGCGCAGGCUGAGCCGCGCCGGCCCGGGAGCUCGUGCACGUCCCACGCCGCGGUGGAGCCAAGGCCAGGCGGCCUGAGGAGCGGCGAGGCCGGGAGCGGCCCUUGAACGGAGCGUCGGGCUGGGGAGGCCACGAUGGCUAACGCCAGCGAGCCGGGCGGCGGUGGCGGGGAGGCGGCCGCCUUGGGCAUUAAGCUGGCUACACUAAGCCUGCUGUUGUGCGUGAGCCUGGCGGGCAACGUGCUGUUCGCGCUGCUCAUAGUGCGGGAGCGCAGCCUGCACCGCGCCCCGUACUACCUGCUGCUCGACCUGUGCCUGGCCGACGGGCUGCGCGCACUCGCCUGCCUCCCGGCCGUGAUGCUGGCGGCGCGGCGCGCGGCGGCUGCGGCCGGAACCCCGCCAGGCGCGCUGGGCUGCAAGCUGCUCGCCUUCCUGGCCGCGCUCUUCUGCUUCCACGCCGCCUUCCUGCUGCUCGGCGUGGGCGUCACCCGCUACCUGGCCAUCGCGCACCACCGAUUCUAUGCCGAGCGCCUGGCCGGCUGGCCGUGUGCCGCCAUGCUGGUGUGCGCCGCCUGGGCGCUGGCACUAGCUGCGGCCUUCCCGCCGGUGCUGGACGGCGGCGGCGGUGAGGAGGAGGACGCGCCUUGCGCCCUGGAGCAACGGCCCGACGGCGCCCCCGGCGCGCUCGGCUUCCUUCUGCUCCUGGCCGCGGUCGUUGGUGCCACGCACCUCGUCUACCUCCGCCUGCUCUUUUUCAUCCACGACCGCCGCAAGAUGAGGCCCGCGCGCCUCGUCCCGGCAGUCAGCCACGACUGGACUUUCCACGGCCCUGGUGCCACUGGCCAGGCGGCCGCCAACUGGACGGCUGGCUUUGGCCGCGGCCCCACGCCUCCUGCUCUCGUGGGCAUCCGGCCCGCGGGGCCCGGCCGCGGCGCGCGCCGUCUACUCGUGCUCGAGGAGUUCAAGACAGAGAAGAGGCUGUGCAAGAUGUUCUACGCCAUCACGCUUCUCUUCCUGCUGCUCUGGGGGCCCUACGUCGUAGCCAGUUACCUGCGGGUCUUAGUGCGGCCCGGCGCCGUACCCCAGGCCUACCUGACGGCUUCCGUGUGGCUGACCUUCGCGCAGGCCGGCAUCAACCCUGUAGUGUGCUUCCUCUUCAACAGGGAGCUAAGGGACUGCUUCAGGGCCCAGUUUCCCUGCUGCCAGAGCACCCAGGCCACCCAGGCCACUCUCCCUUGCGACUUGAAAGGCAUUGGUUUGUAAGGGCUCUCCCGCCGUGUGCACCCCAAUCCAGCCUUUCCCUUUGGCUUGGACACUGACGUUGUUUCUUCCCCUCUGCCCCUCUUUUAAUGGUCUAAGCUGCCUUCAAAAUGACUCAUAGCGGAUUAGCACUUGAAUUGUAUAGACUCCCUUUAGGGAGAGGAGAGGGGUUUCCAGUUCCAUCCCCGCUCGAGCUCCAGGCAUUGUCCUCUUAAAUAUAUUUUCAUCCCGAAAAUAGGUCCUGGAGUCUUUGUAUUGGUACUGCUGUCUUUUAUUCCAUGUUAUUACUUUUGAAAAUAAAGACUAAACUAAUUUUCUUCAUGCAACGUUUCCUAAAGACUAUGGCCAAUUUUCUAACAGAAGCUAUUUUUGACAACCUCAAGUGGCAUUACAUUUUGCAGUGAAAUAGAGGAACUCCGGGGGACUUCACAAGUUUGAUUUCUUGGCGGUCUUCUGUUGGAAGCAGGAGAAAGGGGAAGGGAGGAUUUUCUUAACUUCUCUCUGAAUUGCCAGCCGUGGGGUCAGUUGUGCUGCUCUCCUUCUCCUUCGAAAGUGUUGAACACUUUGCUCAGUUUUGAGAUUGAAUUUAAAGAGCAACUAGCGAGGCAGUCGAUUUUUUAAGCAGCAACAAGAUUUGUUUCCUAUGUUACUUUAAUACCACUACACAAUACAGGUCAGUGACAACCGCUGUCUGCAUUAUACCAAUCUUGACUGGAAACAUUUCUAUAAAACUGUAACUUAAAAGUUAGAAGGUGUUUUGGUUAUUAAUGGUGUGGAGGAAAUACAGUAUUGCAUGUUUUUUGUAUGUACUGAUUGCUGUUCACUGGGGGUCUCUGGAAAUCAGAGUACUGAAUCAAAAUUGUUUAGCUGUUUUUUGCCAAUAAAAAUUAAAAUAAUUUUAUGGAGACAGCUUGUGCUUUGAGGAGCCCAGUUAUAUUCUGGCUCACGAAACUAACUUCCACUUUGAAAAUUGUUCUUUUGUUUAUGGUAUUAGUGAAUGGCAAAUAAUGAUACUCUACUUCUAGGAGACAACGUGUUUCCUUAAAAUGUUUGCUAGUUUAAGCUGUGCUGUUCUAUGAUGGUUAUUUUAAAUUAAUGAGAACUAUCAUUUUAAAUAAUGUUUCUUCGUUAGACACAUUGUAAUCUUACAUUGAGAGACUAAA